AUGUCUCUGGCGCUCUCCGACAAUCUGGCUCCUCAGCCUAUCACUGACAUAUUCACCGAUGAUACCAAUAUUACGCGUCGCGAGUGUCACCGCACUGUGCCUAUGAAAGUGCUUGCCCUGGGCGUCGGCCGUACCGGUACUGCCUCGCUCCGCAAGGCACUCGAGCGGUUAGGCUACGUCAAAUGCUACCAUAUGUUGUGUGCCAGUGUCGAAAACCCACCCGAUUGUCUAAUGUGGCACGAUGCAUUGAACGCCAAGUACAAGGGUGAAGGUCACUUUGGCCGUAAGGAAUGGGAUCAACUUCUAGGAGAAUGUCAGGCCGUCUGUGACUGGCCCGCUUGUGCGUUUGCCAAGGAACUUAUUGAGGCGUAUCCCAACGCCAAAGUCAUCCUAAACACCCGGGAUAUUGAUCAAUGGUAUACCUCAGUCACUAAGACCGUAUACUGGCGUGUUAGCGAUCCAGAACAUAAGUUCCUAGCGAACUUUAGUUGGGCCGCGGCUAUGUACUACCCUAUGCUUAACAAGUUCUUUCAGACUUUCUUCCGAGGUGACUUCCCCAACGAGGGCAAGCAGGUCUACAGGGAACACGUUGACGAGGUCCGCAGUCUAGUGCCCCCUGAGCGUCUUCUGGAGUACAACAUCAACGAGGGCUGGGCUCCCUUAUGUGAAUUUCUGGAUGAGGAAAUCCCUAGUGACCCAUUCCCAGAUAUCAACGAUGUUGCUGAUUUCCGCAACCGUUGCAGGACCCGUAACCGCCUUCAGAUAAUGAAUGCUCUGCUACAGGUCAUCACUAUGGGUGGCUCACUGUUGGUUACCGGCUUAACUGCAACUAUGGUCUUCAAGCGUUUUACUCGCCCAAGCUGCUAA